AUGGCAGUUCCAAAAAAACGUAUUUCGAAAUCAAAAAAGCGUAUUCGUAAAAAUACUUGGAAAAGAAAGAGCUUUUGGACAGCAUUAAAAGCUUUUUCGUUAGGAAAAUCCCUUUCGACCGGGAAUUUGAAAAGUUUUUUUGUAUCACAAACAAAUAAAAAAACGUUGGAAUAA